AACUAGAAGUGAAUACAUGAAAACUCAACAAACUGAAUUACAACAAUUUUAUGCUGGUCAAACUAUUUUUAUUACAGGAGCUACUGGAUUUAUCGGAAUAGUCUUACUUGAAAAAUUACUGAGAAGUUUUACUGAUAUUUGCAAAAUUUAUAUUUUAAUACGUCCAAAGAAAGAACAAAGUAUCGAAAGCAGACUGAACGAAUUAUUUGAAAACAGGUUAUUUGAUCGAGUAAAGAGAGAAGUUCAAAAUUUUCGACAUAAAGUUGUGCCAAUUUCCGGUGAUCUUUAUAACGAAAACUUAGGAUUGUCUGAACAUGACAGGAACAUAUUAAUGCGUGAAGUAUCUAUAGUCUUUCAUGUGGCGGGGAUAGUACGUUUUGAUGAAGAAAUACAUCAACUUAUUACAUUGAAUGUUUAUAGUAUCAAGAAACUUUUAACGCUUGUAAAACAUAUGCCAAAGUUACAGGCAUUUUUAUAUACAUCUACCUUGUAUUCAAACAGUCAUUUGAAAAAUAUUGAUGAACGUUUCUAUCCAUGUCCGAUUGAUCCUGAUUAUCUGAUCAAAUUGUUACGUAAUUUAUCUAGAAAGGAAUUCAAUGAAAAAAUAUCUCAAUUUAUUGCUGAAACACAAUACACAAACAGUUAUACGUUCUCGAAAGCCGUUGCUGAAACGCUUCUCUUUAAAAAAAGCGAAAAUGUACCACUCGGGAUAUUUCGACCUUCUAUAGUCGCACCUACCGCUGACGAACCAUUUGCCGGAUGGACCAACUCCUAUGGAGGACUUAUGCUAUUUUCAUUAUUUAUUCAAUCCGGUAUCAUGAGAGUUGUGUUGUGUAAUAGCAACGCACGAGCACAAAUAGUGCCCGUUGAUAUUACCGUUAAUGCUUUAAUUGCAAGUGCAUGGGACGUUCAUAAUCACUUUAGGGAAUGCAAAAACAAUUUUAAAUUAAAAAUUUAUAACUGUAUUAUAUCUGCUGAUGGCAUCAAGUGGCGUAAGUUUUUUAACAGUAUAACAACAUCAAGUACUGUAUAUCCCUCGAAUGAUAUACUAUGGGAACCGAUGACUUUUUUAAUAUCGCAAAAAAUUAUAUAUCAAAUUUAUAUUUUGUUUUGCCAUUUACUUCCGGCAAUAUUAUUAAAUAUAUUAGGAAUAGUCACAGGUCAUCGACCAAGAAUGUUAAAAGUAUAUCAAAAAACCCAUACAGUGAUGAAAAUUCUCAGUCCUUUUACCCUUAACGACUGGAUUUGUAGUAACCGCAAUGUUCAGAUGAUGUGGAAUCGCUUAAGUACGCAAGAUCAACAAUUGUUUGACUUUAAUAUGAAAAACUUUGAUUGGGAAACUUAUUUUCACAAUUUUUGCAAAAGCGUACGUUUGGAUCUCCUAAAACAGAAUGAUAGCACUUUGGAAAGUGCUCGUAUUAAACGUAAAAGAUUAUACUGGAUGCAUCAAAUAUUCAAAGGAAUCUUUAUUUUUAGUAGUUUUCUGCUUGGUUGGUACAUGGUUGUAUGAAAAUUACAUUAUAAAGUUUGAUUUUUCUUGACGACGCAAUAUUCGUCUACAUACAUAUCAUUGCAUU